AUGCAGCCACCGCGUCUGCCGAGGAAACUGGGGCCGCCGCCCCGGAGCGCCCUUCACCCUGCUCCUCCUUCGAGAGACACCCCGCGCCCGCCCCGGCCACCGCACGCCGGCGACGGCGCGCCUCCACCGCGCGCCUCGAGGCCGCCCUCCCCCGAGCAGGCCAGCUCGGCCGAGAUCCGGAUCGGCCGCGCGCCGGCCCGCCUCGCCACAAGCCUCCAGACGCGCCACCACGCAGCGCCCAACCGCCGCGACCCAGCAGCCUCCCGCGCCGCCGCACACCACCGCCGGUCCGUCGCCGUCGCGCACAGCCAGAAGAACUCCGCCCGCCACAAGGAGAGGAAGAGGAACCGCCCCGCCGCCACCUUCCCUGGGGGCGCAAGGCUUUUCCUGCCCCCCUCCGGCGGCGGCGAAGCGAGGGAGGCGGAGGGUGGGGGUCAGAAGUGGUGGCGGCUAGGGUUUCCCCCGGAGUCGCCCAAGGAGGGCGACGCGGGGGUCGGGAGCGUUUUCAGAUGGAGCAUUGAUUCUCCAUAA